ACUCCUAUAGUUCAUUUUGCUCUCUAUUCUAUUCUAGUUCUCCUCCUCCGGCCGCCGUUUGUUUCGUCGGAAAAUGUCUUGUGUGCGGCGAGCGGUAGCUAAGGUGGUGAAGGAGAAGAGGCAUAUAGUUAACCGUUUUCUCUCUCCUUCUUCUUCAACUGCCGGAACCGGAACCGGAACCAUGACUACUGCUCCGUUCUUCUCCGGCGGUACUGGCGGUUACAAGUUUUCUGAUCAGCAUUGGAGGAUGGACCCUCGGCUCUGGUUUUUUCUAUCUGGAAAUGCAGGCUCUUAUAUCCUCAUUAGUUGGACUAUUCUGCACAUCCUUGCAGCAAUUAUUCUUGCCAUAAAUUCCAACACCAUCUUGGCAAAAGAUGCAUCACUUGAUAAUGAGGCACAGGGGAUGGAAGGGGAUGACACAAUGCAGUUACGCAGAGUUGAGGAUGCUUCUGUCAAAUCUAACAUACAUACCUCUAAGUGGAGAGUUUUUACAGAUAAAGGGAGGGAAUUCUUCCUUCAGGGAAAAGUGGAGCAAGCUGAAAAGCUCUUUCUCGCGGCUUUACAGGAAGCUAAAGAAGGUUUUGGGAAGAGGGAUCCGCAUGUUGCAUCUGCAAGCAACAAUUUAGCAGAGCUCUAUAGAGUUAAUAAGCUAUAUCAUAAGGCAGAGCCAUUGUAUUUGGAGGCCAUCAGCAUACUGGAGGAGUCAUUUGGUCCUGAAGAUAUACGAGUUGGGUCUGCCUUUCAUAAUCUGGGUCAGUUCUAUAUUGUACAGCGGAAGCUGGAUGAAGCCCGUGUUUGCUAUGAGCGUGCUUUGAAGAUUAAACGCCGUGUUCUGGGUCUUAACCAUACGGGUUAUGCAGAUACUAUCUAUCAUCUUGGAACGGUGCUACACCUCCAAGGAAAAGAGAAGGACUCUGAGGCCCUCGUUCAAGAUUCCAUUCGAAUACUUGAGGAUGGUGGUCAAGGAGAGUCGGUUAUGUGCUUAAAGAGAAUGCGAUAUCUUGCUCAGAUAUAUCUGAAAUCCAAUCGAUUUGAGGAGGCCGAGAAGGUACAAAGAAAGAUCCUGCAUAUAAUGGAAAUAACAAAGGGAUGGAAUGUAUUGGAUACAGCAAUAACAGCUGAAGGGCUCGCACUGAUCCUCCAAUCCACUGGGAGCUUAAAGGAAGCUGAAGAGCUUCUUGAAAGAUGUCUUGAUGCUCGAAAAGCCUUACUUCCUCAAGAUCACAUUCAGAUUGGUGUGAACUUGCUUCAUAUUGCUAGAGUGGCAAUGCUCAAUUCCGACCAACUGAAGAAUAUUGACUAUCCAAAAGCAAUUUCUGAGCUUGAUAAGGCCAAAGAAGUUUUACAUGAGUCCAUGAGGAUAGCACAGUGUUCCUUGGAUAAAUUCAUGAAGCAAAAUAAGAAGAUUCGUAGUAAUGGAGCACCAGGUGAAAUGGGAAAGAAUGGUCAGGUGCCAUUAGUCAUAUUGUUGCAAGCUUCUGAUGCCCUUGGCCUUUUGGAGAUCACAAAGAAACAAUUAAAAGGGUCAAAGCAGUCUGAGCAUGCACCUAAUAUCGAAGUUGAGAAUGCACUAUUUAAAUGUAUAUCUGCUUACAGAGAGUUCGUAACUGAGAGAUCAAUCCCUGAGUCUCCUGAAAUAAAGGCCGAGUAUCUUAAAUGUUUGAAGCAUCUUUUGAGCUUGAAUAGUGAUAGCACUACAGAAAGAACACAGCAAUCUACUGGAGUCAAUUUGCAAGAUCUGAGAGACGAAAUUAAGCGUCUUGAAGUUGAACUUUCUCCUCAUAGGAAACGCAAAAUUUGAGCUACUGAGAUUCUACUCGUGGGAGUUGUUACAGCCUAUAAAGCAUCAUUGUAGAAUUAAGGAUAGCCAUUAGUGACCUAAGAUAAAAAUUGUUGCCAUUACUGUUAAUAUUAUAUCCAUUAGUUACCUAGGAGUUGGGACAUUUCAUUUGUUGAUAGAGUUAACCUUUUUAAAGUUACUGGAAAUGCGACCCAAAAUUGUUACUGAAAUAUUUCUAUUAAAAGGGGUUCUUAUUUGUUGUAGCGUUAGAA